AUGCUCCAGGCAACGUCUGCGACGAGUCGUAUGCAGAUCGAGGAUCUGAUUGCUUUCCAAACAAGCUGUCUGAUGGCCGAUACCGCGGGGCCGCACCUGCCAGCACGUUGCCAGGACGGGUGCACCAACUCCAGUCUCACGCAUAUGUCAACUCUGCAGGUGGCCGAGCAAGAUCUCGCCGCAGCGCGUUUCGAUGACGCUGAGAGUGCCAUCUACUCGGCCCAGCGCCUCGCUACCUCGGGUGGCGAGUUUGGUCAUUUGGCAAGGCUCUAUGUACUUCAAGGGUUCUGUAUGUCCAAGGUCGUUCCGGGUGCCUGUGUCCAUGAUGGCCACGAGCCACCACAGCUCCUGGAGACCUUGGUUCCAAGAAAGCACACGAUGAAUGGCAUCAUAUACGUCAUGAAAGCCUUCGAUGUCGCCACUAGAAAUAGCUGUCCAGACGAAGUUUACAAUGUUGCGGUUGCUUUCAUGCAAAUUUCUCAAAUCUCUGCCCAUCGCCCCAGCUUUCACCGCGGCGAUUCAUUGUUUAUUGGUCCUCUGAGCGUCCUGGUCGAUGCUCUGGAAGCUUCAAACGACCCAGACUGUGAAUGGCGCGUAUAUCUACGAUAUAUGCUUGUGCGGCUUCUUUUGCAUUUUGGCACCCACAAACCUCAACCUGCCCCUGGCGUCCAUGCACUCCUCAAGAAGGAUGUCACCGAGAAGAUGCUUGCGGACGCCGCUGCCGAAGCCGAGCGCCAGUGCGAGAAGCUGAUGGCGCUGAUUCUCAAAUGUGAUCUUCCUCAGCCAAGCUUGGUGACAACGGUCGUUCGACUCUACGUCGACAUAUUUGCGAACAAGCCCAAGCUCUCUUCAAGCAUCGACACCUGGAAAGCCAAAUCGUGGACUCUGUAUAUCAUGGCGUCCAUCGAAAUGCUGAGACGCGAAGUCUCUCAGAGCAAUCCACGAACAGCCGCCAAAGUCGAGGAGCUCGCCAAAGCCGUCCAAGCGCUGUCCGCCAGCAACUCGGCCAAGACCACCACCUUUGGUAUCUCGCUCAACCAGGUCAAGAUAGAGACCGCCCAGCUGGCCGUUGAUUGCAAAAUGUCCGCCAUUGCACACCAGCUCCUCGGCGCAACUUCCCAGUCGCUCUGCACCCCGACCGAGGCAGUGCUUCAAAAGUUCAUUCACAUCCAGCUUAAAUACCGGACUCAAAACAGCGCCUUGACACUUGACGAGCGCCUGGAACUUAUGCGCGAGACCAAGAGUGUGUUGGAGAGUGCGCUGCAGCAGCGACAGGAUCCAAGACUGGUCUGCGACAUUGUCGUUAUGGGCUGGAACCUGGCUAUCCCAAUCUUCAAGACGGAGCACAGGAAAAUGCUCACGGACUACAUGCUCGCUCUGCGCCAGGGCCUGGCUCUUUCACCCAACAUACUCCCCGUCCUGGCCGGCCAAAUCGAGUACGAGCUUUCCAAGGUACAGUCAUUGAUGGCAGAGGACAUUGCUGUAGCUUCGAUCGAUCGGUACCUGGAUUCCAUCGUGCUUAUCAGUAUGCUCCGAUUCACAGCCGCGGCAUACUCGCUCUAUAGCCAGGCGAUUGCUGAGCCGGACGUGCAGCUGUUUGCUCGGCUAUUAGAAAAGUCGAUCAGUGCAUUGGACACGAACUUUGAUCCACUAGGAUACCGCCACGUCGAUUCCGGUUUCUCGUUUGGUACCCAGAUUGCCCUCCAGCUAAGCAUUCCGCUGGAGUCCGCCAUAUAUGUGUUUGAUGAUCUUAUGCAGCUCGCCCGAACAAGGCUCGAGAGCGUCGGAUUCAACCGAGAUCUGGAAGGCGUCCACGAGCUCUCUCUGAUCACGAUCUACAUUGCUUCUCGGACUCUGGAGAUGAUCCAGCAAUACCAGUCGAGCCCCGAGCCGGACUCGAGCUGCAUGAACUUUAUUUUGGCCGAUAGCCAUCUGACCCAGGGGAUCUGCCUUUGGAACAUCUCGGAGAUUCUCGAGCAGCUUCCAGUUGCCGACCGCGAGACGCAGGAAGCCUUGUCCAAGCGGCUGAUGGUGCCAUUUGUGGAAGUGCAGCAACUCGGAGCUGUAACCGGAUGCGCCGAGCUCGUUUACAAUGCCGCUGUGGCCCUGUGGAACUGCAUUGUCCGAUCUGAGAUCCCACGCGAAGUCCUAUCGCCGCCGUGCUGGACCGACAAGCUACGAGCCGUGCUCGAGGCUAUGCAAAAGCAGAGUCUGGACGACAAGGACGUGUACGCCUGUCUCGCAUCACUGCUGUGCCGGAAUAUGCUGGACAUCCACGAACAGGCAGUUGCGAUGGCGGCCGCAGCCGCGGAGCAAUCCGCUGCUGCCGAGCCCGCCUCGGCAAAGGGCACCAAAGGAGCCAAUGCACGACCAGCCAAAUCGCCCGCCUCGGGCAAAGACGCUGGGGCAUCAAGCGGAUCAGGAACUUCGAAUGCAGCGGCGGGGCUGGGGGCUGCGGGUCUCAAGCUUCUCGAGGAUAUAUGCAAGAAGGGUCUUGAUUGCCGACAAUGCCCGCCGUUGGAAAAAUCAAUCUUGGCCGAGGUGCUUGGCGGACUGCAGGUUUCGAAAGGCGGCGCCCCAGUGUUUGACGGCGAUGUCUCCGUCAAGAUAAUCAUUCUGCAAUCCGAACCAACAAAGAAAAUCCCCAGAGAAACCAUCGACGCCUGCUAUCUCGCGCUGAGCGAGCGUGCACGCUCGGCAUCGGUCCAAGUAGAUGCGUUCCUGAUGCUCGAUUUGUGGCAAAGGCUCGCGAUCCUGGCCCUGCAAAACAAAUAUCUAGAUAUCGCCGUGCGAUCGACCGAGUACAUGCUGCAGUAUUUGCGAGGCAAGUUGCUGCACCAGUGGCAGUUUGUGGGCGAGAUCCUGCACGGCUACUCUAUGCUGCAGAUGCUGCAAUUGGAAGAGCACGGAUACCCCAUCGACGAGAUUUUCUUGAAGGGAUCCAAGAGCCUGCUCAAUGCGAUUGCCUUGACCAAGAUCACAAAGCGCAGCGCCGAUGCCACUCUCGCUCUUCAAUAUCUCUGGAGCUUGGCGCAGCCCUUUGUUGGGAGAAACUCGCGAAAAGUCCUCAACCAGACUCUGAUGUACUAUCUCAAGCUGUUCCCCAAACUGGACUGGGUCGUUGAGAAGCACAGCUCCAUUCACUCGAGCGGUGGCAGCAUCCUGAAAAAGGUGUCGCCAAUCCUGAUUGGUCGCGAAGCCGAAGUAGCAUCGUAUCAUCUCCUGAUGCUCGCUCUCGAGGCGUGCCAUGAUUACGGCGAUCCCCAGGCUGGGCUGAGGGCAGCUGAUUAUGCACUCAAGCUGUACUCAGACUCAUGCGUACUGCCGCAGCCCAGCGUCAGCUUGAUGAUAUGCAAACUCGUGCUCUUGCAGAGGAAGGGCAAGCCGAUCAGCAUGGGACUGACUCGCGAGCUCGAUCCAUACCGACAGACAGUUAUCUGGCGCUCGCUGAUGACCCAGCUUGGUACCACCGAGCUGCAGCGACAGGUUUACCAGGGAUUGGUUGGGCUUGGCGAGGUUCUCCAUCCACACCGUCUCUGGGAGAUUCGAUACGGAUUCAAGAAAUGGAAGGAGCUUCACCGGCAACUCAGCGAAGAUUUUGAUCGCGUCCUCUUUGAGCUCAGACAGCACCAUCGACACUACUUUCCAUCAGGUCCAGCUGUAGAUCUCAGAAUGCCGGGAACGUUUACUGAAUCCUCGGAGAUGCGCAUGUACCUUCACGCUUUGCUUAUGGAUGUGCGAGAGUAUGGCGACAGUGUGGGCCUUGGAAAAUCCAGGGACGAGCUCAAGGAAACCCUUGCGGUGUACAAAAAGAAGGUUACCCAUCUGAUGAUCUUCCUGAUCAGCUCUGCCACGGACAAGCACAAGGACAUCCACAAGUUGGAGAAUGAGCACUACACCGCCUUCGAAUGGCCCCUGGGCGUGAAGCCGUGGCUGAAGAAUGCUGUACAAAGUGUCGAGAGCCAGUAUGAUCUGAAGGGGACAUUCGAAGCCCUGGUGCCCCAGCUCAUCUGUCUCUCCAACACCAUGAUGGACAUGCGUGCCUACAAAGACGCCUUCCCACUCAGUCUCUUUGCUGAGCUGUGCAUCACAGCCUUUGAUCAAGGUGUUUUCAAUCGCAUCGCCCUCUGGACGCUCCUGCUCGACCGAAGUUAUGCACUGACGCAGAUGGGUCUCUUGACCGAGGCCACCCAACUGCUGUUGACGGCGACUACAAUCUACGAGCUCAGCUUGAAAACACUCACGACGCUGUCGGCCUCCAUCUUCAACCACCUGCAGUCACAGGCCCUCAACCUGACGCUGGCCAACGUUCUGGUCGACAACGGGUUUCUGGUGAUCUACAUCAGCAAGUUGCUCAUGAAGAUGGAGAUGACAGUGAUACUUCGGCGCUGGGUGGCGCAGCUGGUUCUCGAUGGCGUCCUUCGAAGCUAUCCGAACGCCAACUACCCAGAAUCCGAUGCCCUAGACAACUGUUUCUAUGCACCUUUGGUCUUGGUUUGGUUUGAUUUCUUCCGAUCAAGAACCUUUGCCACAGGAUACGACAAUCUCUUGCUGGACAUGCUCCGAGCGACAAUCAACAGCGUGAUUGUGGAUUCAGAUCUGCAGGACCUGUGUGAUUUGCUUGGAAAGCUCACCAAGGCACAGGAAGCGACACAGUAUUCACAGCAAAGCUCGAUCUAUGCUCCAAACAGCGCCUGUGAGCCCAACCCUGAUUCUGCUGCGAUCCCUGGCCGCAGAGGGGAGAAAUCAUACUUGUAUCUGAUUCGCAAGCUUCAUCUGGCCGACGUACUGCUCUGCCUGAAGCUCAAGAUCAUCCAGCUCAGGUGCCAGCAAGAUAUCAGAUACAUCGACACGGACGUGUUCCGGUGUGCUCACGACGAUGCGGUGCUCACCUUCCAGGAGAUUAUCAGCAUGACGCGGCAGGUUCUCGAUCUCCCGGCACUGAUGGCCCAGUACACCUCUUUUUCGAUCGAGACAAUAGCAAUGCUGAAUCUGUCGCUUGACUCGGAUACACAGCGCAAACUCAUCAUCGACACGAUCUUCAUGAACGAGGGUCUUCUCCAGGAGUGCAAGGUGUUUAUCGAGAGCGACAGGGCUGCACAUGACCCGGAGGUGUAUGCCGAAUAUGUUGGCUUUGUCCUGAGCCAGUGCUGGUUGUAUGUUGCCGUCCUCAACGCCAUACCUCCGCCAAGCGAUAAACCCAUCACCGUGGACGAACCCGAGCGGAUAAUCGAGCGCUACGACUCAAUUCUGAACAACACGCCAACAGUUUAUGUCACAUGGAUGACCCUGCUCUCCAAGAUUCCCAGUCUGAUCGAAGAGUGGCUCCGUCCGCUUCUGGAGAAGGGCGGACAUCAUCUACCCCCAGAGCAUCUAUCCACCGUGCACUACCUCAUCGCUCGGGCCAUAGCCGUCCAAAUCGAUGCUGAACACGAGACACAGACGGAGGUAUCUGAAGAGCCUCAGCCUGCAUGGGAUUGGUCCAAGCUCCACGAGCACCUUUCACAUGCCAUCAACCACUAUAGUCAUCCAAAGAAUCGCUUGGAGAUCCUGAUUCAGGGAAUCGAAAUGAUCUUGACAUUCAACAAGCGCAAAGAGGUUGUUUCGGACAGUCAGUUGUUCUGGUGGGCACAGACUAAUGGUGCCGCGUUCAUCGACAGCCUCAUCGCUUUGCUUCAGGCAGCGCAAACCUUUUCCGCCUAUGGCGAUAUAAUCAUCUCCACAAACCUCAAAAACGAUAUCACGCAGCUGGACAUAUCGCGCGGCGCUGACUCGAUCGUCGGGACGAUGCCAGACAAGGACUCACCGCAGGUUGAGAACGCAAUGGACAUGUGGAAGUUUCCCUCACUUGGACGCAUCAGUGAGAUUACCCGCAGGGCAGCAAAGAGAUACAGCAUUCUGGUGAUGCAAACAUCUCAUGACCGCAAGAGAAUAUACGGGGCGCUGUGCACCCCAAAGGCCGAUCCUGGCGGCAAGAUGAAGAAAGAAAAGGACGCAUCCGAAAGCUUCGAGGGAACAUACACACUCAAAACGGUCGAGAUAGAGCCCACCGAGCUCGGGUUCGAAGCCGAUCUUCAAGAAGCCGUACACAAACUCCUGAGGCUGAUAUUUCCUGAGCCAGCCGCGCCCCCGGCAGAAGGACAGGAGCGGGCAAAAUCUCCAAGAGCCAAAUCUGCGGCAAAGGAUAAGAAGCAGGCGGCGCAGGAGCCCCAGGAGAGCGAGAAGCCGCAGAUUUUACUCUGCGCCGACCAAGAUGUGUUCCGCAUGCCCGUGGAGCACCACAUAGCGAGAGUUGUAUCCUGCCUGUCGGUGACGCGGGACUUUGCCUUAUCCAUUCACGGUGAUCGCAGUGAUCAUCGGGCCGAGCAACUUCAGCAACAGACCCUUGAUACUGAAGCCGGAAAAAAGGCGGGCAAGGAAAAGGUCCAAGAGGAGCAAGAUUUCCAGCCGAUCGAACACCGCUCGCUGAGCUGCUUGACGUGCAGCGGCAAGCUCAAGUUCCCGCUGGAUAACGAAAUCAACAAGAUCCUCAAGAGUGGAAACCUGAUGAUGGACAAUCUGCGAAUCGGGGCUAGUGCUUUCAUGCAUAUUACCGAAACGGCUCCGGCGCUGCUGGUUGCUGGCGGACGGCCAUAUCUAUCGACAAUGCUGACGCCAACGUUCCAAGACACAAGAAUGACCAAGCUGCACGCUCUCCUCAUGUUCGUGACGAACGAGGAGUGCGGCCUCGAGCCUGACCAGAUGGACCCGUGGCCACUGUUUAAGCAGCGGACUAACCGGGACCUCAAGAACAUGUCGCUGCGGCUCUCACUGCUGGGCAUGAGGUCGGUGUGUGCCCACGUCGGUCCUCCGCUCGCGGACGAGACGGUGCAAGCCAUCCUGGCCAAAAUAUGCGACCACCCGCAAGGCCAGACCCUGCCGGAGAUGCUGCACCAGCUCAACGAAAAGCUGCGGACCAAUGUGGACCCGGACUCACUCGACGGACUCGCGCCCCGGACGCUGAUCUUUUACGGGCUGCCGAUUGCCUUUGAGCUGGCAUGAUUUGGCUGGGGAUGCGGAGAGUGGAGCCCGGUGCUGCUUGCGCAAGGGCCGAACGAGCCCCGAUAGGCCCAGGUUUAGCGAAUGGAG